AUGGCAUCACUAGAAGAUGAAAAUAUAAUAACAAAGUACAUCAUUGUGACAGGGGGGAAUAUGAGCGGGUUGGGUAAAGGAACAGCCAUGAGUAGUAUGGGAGUAUUAUUAUUAACAAAAAAUAUUUUAUUGACUACAAUAAAAAUUGAUCCUUAUUUGAACAUAGAUGCAGGAACCAUGUCACCAUAUGAACAUGGAGAAGUAUAUGUAUUAGAAGAUGGAGGAGAAGUUGAUCUUGAUUUAGGAAAUUAUGAAAGAUUUUUAAAUAUUAAAUUAUCAUAUAAGAAUAAUAUAACUUCAGGUAAAAUAUUUGAACAAGUUAUUAAAAAGGAAAGAAAAGGAGAAUACUUAGGUAAGACAGUUCAAGUAGUACCACAUGUAACAGAUGUUAUACAGAAAUGGAUAAAAGGUGUUAUUGAUGAAAAUAUAAAAAAAAUGAAAAAGGAGUAUGAUAUAAAUUCAAAUAAUAAUAAAAUUCCAUGUAUUUGUUUAAUAGAAGUAGGAGGAACAGUAGGUGACAUAGAAUCAGCUGUAUAUUUGGAGGCUUUACAACAAUUAAUCAAUAACUUAAAUUCAGAUGAUGUAUGCUUAUGUCAUUUGUCCUAUGUACCAAUUAUUGGAAACUUGAGAGAACAAAAAACGAAGCCAACUCAACAUAGUGUUAAAAUAUUAAGAGAAGCUGGACUUAAACCAGAUUUUAUUUUUUGUAGAUGUGAAGAACCAUUAACAGAAGAAGCUAUUCGAAAAAUUUCUCUUUUUUCACAAGUCAAAAAUGAACAUGUCAUAUCAUUACAUGAUACAUCAAAUGUAUAUAAAGUACCCUUAAUCCUAGAACAACAAAAUUUUAGUGAGCAUGUUUUAAAAAAAUUAAACUUGCAAAAUAUUGUUUUAGAAAAUAAAUUAAGUAUAUCUCCUUAUUCCUUUAGUACAUGGAAACAGUUAUCAGACCGAUAUGAAUCUUCAAGUGAACAUGUUGUUAUCGGUAUUGUGGGAAAAUAUACUGCUUCUAAUGAUACAUAUUUGUCUAUUAUAUCAUCCCUCGUUCAUGCUUGUAUAGAAUGCGGGUUUAAGCUAAUUAUUAAGUAUAUCAAUAGUAGUCAUUUAUCAUUAAAGAAAAAGAGCAAAAAGAGAAAUAUAGAUUUAAAAAGAAAAGCAAGGAAAUACUCUUAUGAUACGUUUCAACAAGUUAACACUAUGCAGAACCAUCUUUUUGUUGAUGACACUACCUCUGAUGAAGAUUAUGAUAAAAAAAGAAGAAUCAAAUAUGAACGAGCAUGGGAAACAUUGAAAUCAGUGGAUGGUGUAUUAGUUCCGGGAGGAUUUGGAACAAGGGGUAUUGAAGGAAAAUAUUUAUCUUCAAAAUAUUGUAGAUUACGUAAUAUACCAUAUUUAGGAAUCUGUUUAGGUAUGCAAACAGCUGUUAUUGAUGUAGCUAGGCAAUAUUUAAAUAAAUAUGCCAAUUCAGAAGAAUUUGAGGAUAUUCUAGAAAUACAAAGUAGUAAUUCUGAUGAAGAUAAAUUUCAUAAAAAGAGAAGAAAAUUUACCAAAGGUACUAAUGAGGAAGGGACAAUGGAAAAAUUGUCCAACCAUAAUGGGAAAAAACAUAAUUCCGUAGUAGAAAUGAACAAAGAUUUUCUUAUAGUUAAUGAGAGAAUUACAUCCCCAGAAGGCAUUAUUCUAAAGGAGGAGUUACACAAACAUGAACCGCAUCCUAUUCAACAGGAUGACAAUUAUGAUAAUAGUGGUGAUGAUAACACUCUACUGAAUACAAAUCAAAACAAGUUGACACUAGAAGAACAUAACAUUUCUUUAUGUAAUGUGAAAGCGGAGCAUGAAAAAAAUGAGCCUUCUACCAUGAAUAAUAACGUAAACGCAAAGACAAUGCAUUACAUUUAUGGUAAGAAUCAUUCCAAGGAGGAAAACAUGGCACUGUUCGAUGACGUUUCAUCUAUUUUUGACGAUGAGUAUGGGGGAGGAAAAAAUACAAAAAAAGCAGGUAACUUCGUGCGAACAAACAAAUGUAUAGAAGAAAUCCCUAACAAGUUACUCAACCCAGUAUUACAGGAAAAGAUAAAAUUAAUGGGUAUAAAAGACUAUUAUAAAAGUAUUGACGAAAUAGAUAAUAACAAUGUUAUAAUUUAUAUGAGCGAGUUUAAAGGGGAUGAUAAUAAAGGAGGUACUAUGCGCUUAGGUGUUAAGCAAUCCAAAAUAAUUGAUAAAGAUUCAUUAACAUAUAAAUCAUAUGAUGAAGCAACCUAUAUAUUUGAAAGACAUAGACAUAGAUUUGAAAUUAAUCCUAAGUAUGUGCCAUUACUAGAAUCGGUUGGUUUAAGUUUUGUAGCAAAAGAUAUUCACAGUGUUCGAAUGGAAAUUUGUGAAAUCAAAAACUUAAAUUUUUAUGUUGGUGUUCAGUUUCACCCUGAAUUUACAUCAAGACCUUUUAAAGCUAAUCCAAUAUUUUUGGCCUUUAUUUUAGCUUCAAAGGGGAAAUUAAAGGAACGACUAGACAAGUUUGGAAAUAAGUUGUGCUCAGGAAGUCUCUAUGCUUAG